CCACGCACCGCUCUCCAGGCAUAACAGAGGAACACCUCUCUCUCUCUCUCUCUCUCUCUCUCUCUCUCUCUAUGGCGGACACUCGACUAAUCACGAACCAAUCCAACUCAGAAACCCCAAGUUCACUCUCUCCUUCGCAUACAUUUCUCGACUGUGCCAAAGACCGGAGAACUAUCGAUCCACAUGUUCAAAACGGAAUUACACUUUCAGAUCUACGGAAAAAUGAUGGUUGUUGUGAUGAAGAUGGCAACACCGAUUCGGUUUUGUGUGUUUCUGGGUCAAGACUUGUCCGAACCGGAUUUAAGAUAAACAGCAAAGAAAACAUUGUGAAGUUCAUAAAUGCUGGGGGCAACGAAGUAGGAAAUUCUGCGAAUUUCAUUAUGUCCGAUACUUCCUUUGUGGGAGGAGAUGUAUUAAGAACUGAAGAAGGGAUAAUUGAUGGUGGUGAUUUGACACCUCUUUAUCAGUCAGCUCGGUUCGGAAACUUCUCUUACCAGUUCGACAACCUCCCCCCUGGAGAUUACCUUGUUGACCUUCAUUUUGCGGAAAUAACCAACACGAAUGGGCCUAAAGGAAUGAGAGUCUUUGAUGUUUUUAUGCAGGAAGAGAAGGUUGUAUCCGAGCUCGACAUAUACGCAGUUGUUGGAGCCAAUAAACCGUUACAACUGGUAGAUGUUAGGGUUACUGUAGGGGAAGAUGGGAUGAUUCAAAUAAGGUUUGAAGGAGUUAAUGGAAAUCCAGUUGUGAGUGGGAUUUGCAUUAAGGAGGCACAUAAAGUUCUUGCUUCUCAGGUCAAACAAGGGGGUUUUGUGUGUAAAAAUUGCGCUGCUGAAAUAAAUGUACCAUCAGCUGAGAAUAAACUGAUCAGAAUGAGGUCUACAGCCAAGUAUGAAAAGAAGAUAGAGGAUCUGAGUACCCAAUACCAGCUCAAGACAAAUGAAUGCUACGAGGCCUGGAUGUCCCUGACAGCUGCAAAUGAGGAGCUACAGAAAGUUAGGAUGGAUCUUGACAACAAAUCCUUUGAAAAUCACUGUCUAGAUCAAGAUAAGGCUAUGCAAGCAGCAAAGUUGAGGGAUAUUUCAACUAGAUAUGAAAAAGAACGAAGAUUUUUGGCUUUAGCAAUUGAUGAACUAAGAAGAAAUAUUAAGACCAUGAAAGAAGAGCAUUCACAGCUCUCCCGUGAAGCGCAUGAAUGCGUGGACUCAAUUCCGGACUUGAAUAAGAUGGUUAUGGCAGUCCAAGCACUGGUUUCACCAUACGAUGAUCUUAAACUGAAGUAUAGUGAGGAGCAGGCGAGGACCAAAAAGCUUUUUAAUCAAAUCCAGGAAGUGAAAGGAAACAUCAGGGUGUUUUGUAGGUGUCGGCCAUUGAGCAAGGAAGAGAUAUCAUUUGGGUAUGCGACUGUUGUAGAUUUCCAUGCAGCUAAGGAUGGAGAUCUUGGAAUAGUUACAGGUGGUUCAACAAAGAAAUUAUACAAAUUUGACAGGGUUUACACUCCAAAGGAUGAUCAAGUUGAUGUAUUUGAAGAUGCUUCUCCUAUGGUGACCUCAGUUUUAGAUGGUUACAAUGUUUGUAUAUUUGCAUAUGGGCAAACGGGUACUGGAAAGACUUUUACAAUGGAAGGUACUGAGCUGAACCGAGGAGUGAACUAUAGGACUUUGGAGCAGCUGUUUAAAGUAGCUGAGGAGAGGAAAGACACUUGUACAUACAAAAUUUCUGUGAGUGUCCUUGAAGUUUACAAUGAGCAAAUCAGGGACUUGCUUGCCACCUCAUCCACAUCAAAGAAAUUGGAGAUAAAGCAAGCUUCAGAGGGGGCUCAUCAUGUGCCAAGGAUUGUGGAAGCCAGAGUUGAGAACAUUAAGGAAGUUUGGGAUAUUCUACGAGUUGGAAGUAACGCAAGGGCCGUGGGAUCAAACAACGUAAAUGAGCAUAGUAGCCGAUCUCAUUGCUUGCUAUGCAUAAUGGUUAGAGCAAAGAGCUCGAUAAAUGGUGAGUGCACCCAGAGCAAGCUUUGGCUUGUUGAUUUAGCAGGCAGCGAGAGGUUGGCAAAAACUGAUGCACAAGGCGACCGGCUCAAGGAAGCUCAGAACAUCAACCGAUCGCUUUCAGCUUUAGGUGAUGUAAUAUCUGCUUUGGCAUCCAAAAGCAGCCACAUACCAUACAGAAACUCGAAGCUUACACACUUGCUUCAAGAUUCGCUAGGAGGUGAUUCCAAAACUUUGAUGUUUGUGCAAAUCAGCCCAUCAGUACAAGACAUAGGUGAGACUGUAAGCUCACUAAAUUUCGCAAGUCGAGUCCGAGGAGUUGAUUUGGGUCCCGCAAAAAGACAGAUUGAUAUGGGUGAGCUUCAAAAGCUGAAAUUGCAGCUUGACAAAGUAAAGCAAGAGUCCCGAUCCAAAGAUGAAAACUUUCAGUACUUGGAAGACAAAUUCAAAGCCAAGGACCAAAUUUGCAGAAGCCAACAGGAAAAGCUUAAAGAAAUAGGAAGCCAGCUCGAAUCAAAAACUGAGUUGUGCAAACUAAUGGAGAAGCAAAUUUUGCAGCUUUCACAAGGAAUGCAGGGGAAGGAAGAAAUUUGCUCGAGUCUUAAGCAGCAGGUUGACGAGCUUCAGGACAAGCUAAGAGAAUGUGAGCAAGUGGGUCCCAAGGCUCUCCAGCAUAAGGUCCAGGAGUUUGAAGACAAAUUGAAAAGAAAGGAACAGGAGUUCGAGCUUCAUACGAUGGUCCUUCAAGAAAAUGUUAUGGAACUUGAAAACAAGUUGAAAUUGCAAAGAUGCAACACAGAAUCUCAGUUACUUCAUGAAAAGGUUAAAGAACUUGAAGAAAAAUUAAGGCAGCGAGAUGAAGUGUCAGAGAGUGUGCUAGUAUUUUCUUUUGAAAAAUCAAGAAAAGCCACCCCCACGGAGCGUAAAACCCCAAAUACCACAGAAUCUCCACUAGACAGAGAUCUCCAGAGUCUGUGUCUAAAAUCCAGUAACCGCUCACUGAGCCAUGGAUCUUCUGUCUUGCUUAAAGGAACUGAUUCUCUCCGUGAAUUGAGGCGGAAACGUGAUUUGCAAAAUGGAGGAAUUGAAAACAGUUUGGUAUUAUCUGUUCCCUUGAUUGAGAAGAAGUUAUUACCGGUUGAACGUAAUAAGACUAGGAAUAUUGAUCCGUCCAAAGCAUUUGCAAGGGUCACUAGAACCACCAAACCAUUUCCAACUGCUCAACGAUUCUUUUCGAGUAAAGAAGUCUCCGGAGUGAGGGAGAAGGAUAUUAGUACAAGAGGUUGGUUAAGAUAAUAGUAGAAGGAAGGAAAUACUGCAUUUCCAUUUGAAGUCCCACUGUAAUUUUUUUUUUUCUGUUGAUCUUUCUUCAACAAUGCUUUUUUGUGGCAAUGCAAUGUGCUUUGUGUU